CUGAGAUUCCUUCCCUUCGCGACGAUGUUUGACUCAAUCAUGGACGCUCUGCAGGGCUUCGGGGUGAGCAGCACCCACUACCUGCAGACUAACUACAAAGACGCCCAGGGCUUGUUUCUGUGGGUGUCCUGGGCGGCCGACCUCAGGAACACCUUCUUCAUCUUCUUCCCGCUGUGGUUUCACCUUCGGGCUUCGGUGGGCAUCAAGCUGAUCUGGGUGGCGGUGAUCGGAGACUGGCUCAACCUGGUGUUCAAAUGGAUUCUGUUUGGAGAGAGGCCGUACUGGUGGGUUCAUGAGGCGUCUUAUUACACAAACAGCGUCGCUCCCCACAUCGAGCAGUAUCCCAUGACCUGUGAGACCGGACCAGGAAGCCCCUCUGGCCACGCCAUGGGCGCUGCAGGCGUCUACUACACCCUGGUCACCUCCAUCCUCACCAUCGUGACCAGCAAGAAGAAGUUCGGAGCCAAGAAGGCCUCCAGCCGAGACCGGUACCUGAAGGCCGUUCUGUGGACGCUGUUCUGGGGGGUCCAGGUCUGCGUCUGUCUGUCCAGAGUCUUCAUCGCCGCCCACUUCCCUCAUCAGGUCGUCGCUGGUGUGAUCACAGGUAUGAUCGUGGCCGAGGCCUUCAACAGGACUCAGUGGAUCUACAGCGCCAGCAUGAAGAAGUACUUCUACACCGUGCUCUUCCUCACCUCCUUCGCCGUGGGCUUCUACCUGCUGCUCAAGGCUGUGGGCGUCGACCUGCUGUGGACCCUGGAGAAGGCCCAGAAGUGGUGCGUCCGGCCCGAGUGGGUCCACCUGGACACGACGCCCUUCGCCAGCCUGCUGAGGAACAUGGGCACGCUGUUCGGCCUCGGCCUCGGCCUCCACUCGCCGCUCUACACCGAGACCAAGAGGAGCGGCGGCAGCGCAGUGAAGGCCGGCUGCGUCAUCAGCUCCCUGGUGCUGCUGCACCUCUUCGACUCCUUCAAGCCGCCGACGCACACCGCCGCCCUCUUCUACCUGCUGUCCUUCUGCAAGAGCGCCACGGUGCCGCUGGUCACCGUCAGCAUCAUCCCGUACUGCCUGAACAGCGCUCUGGGCCGGCAGGCCAAGAAGGCCGUCUGAGCGGCAGCCUCAUGACCCCAAAGACUCAAAGACUGGUGCUGAUCUUCAGCAGAUCAGAUGAAGCCGCAUGUGGUGGCGUUUGGACACUGAACUCUAAAAACGCUUUCCAGGACGGCCGGCGGCACUUACCAAGAACUAGAGUCCUGGAACAGAAAGUAGAGCUUCACAUGUUAUUUCAACAAUGUCUUCUUGUUUUUUAAUGUUAUAGAAAGUAUUUUUAAAAAUGUUUGGAAUAUUUUUGAAUAAAAAUCUGA